AUGAUACGGCGAAGACGAUUGAAAAGUGAUGGUCAUAAGGCUGUACGGACGUUGUUUCGUCCAUUGCAACGUGUAAAUAAUGAAGAGGAAGAUUACCUGGAUGAUCAGUUGCUGAAUUCAUCAAAACAUUCUUCGCAAGUCUUCGAUGUCGAUGAUGCGGGCGAUGAAAGUGACACAUCGAACAUUGAUGAAAAGCGUCGGAAAUAUACAGGACGUGAGCUGGAUUGUAUACAUUAUCGGCUUAUCAAUGAACGUGUUGUAAACGACGUUACUUUGGAAUUUUUUUAUAAACCACGUACAGUUACGGUUCUUGUUAUCAUUUGUGCGCUGCUUGUUAUUCCAGCAUUUAGUAGGAAUGAUGAUAGUUCAGCAAUUAAUGUUUAUGCCGGUAUUACUGCUGCAGUUGUUUUAUUUCUUGUUGUCAGUGGUCUCACAUUUCCAAAUGGUCCAUUUAUCCGUCCACAUCCAGUUUUCUGGCGCAUUAUUUUUGGUAUGAGUGUCUUAUAUAUAUUGAUGCUUCAAUUUGCAUUGUUUCAAAACUUUCGUGAUAUCAAAGAUGUAUUGAAAUGGCUUGAUCCAAAAGGCUUAAGUAAGGAAAAAUUGGACGAAAAAGCUUAUGCUGUCAACUGUUCCGAUAUCACAUUGGAGCGAUUAUGGGGCUACAUGGAUAUAUUUGCCAUUGGACAUUUUGUUGGCUGGGCCAUGAAAGCUUUACUUAUUCGCCAUUCUAUCAUAUGUUGGUAUAUUAGUAUCGCAUGGGAAUUAACCGAGGUUUUAUUCGCUCAUUUAUUACCAAACUUUCAAGAAUGUUGGUGGGAUGCGAUUAUUUUGGACAUUUUGUUGUGCAACGGACUAGGCAUAUGGUUUGGCAUAUGGUUGUCAAAUUUCUUUGAGAUGCGACAGUUCCAUUGGGAAAGUAUUAAAGAUAUCAAAACAGCACGUGGUAAAUUCAAACGAGCUGUGCUACAAUUUACUCCCGAAAGUUGGAUGAAAGUGGACUGGUAUAAUAACUGCGCUCUGAGAAGAACGUUGGCAAUUUAUGGAUUUGUCUUAGUUUGGCUGAUAACGGAAUUAAAUACUUUUUUUCUGAAGCACAUAUUCGCGGUGGACACAUCACAUCCAUUAGUGUUUUCAAGGAUUCUUUUAAUUGCCUUCAUAUCAGCCCCAACCAUACGACAAUUUUAUUUAUUCGCCACCGAUCCUCGAAUUAAACGUAUGGGUAUGCAAAGUUGGGUUUAUGUGGCUAUUUGUACUUUGGAAGCAUCAAUUUGCAUCAAAUUUGGACGACCACAGCUUCCUCGUGUUAAACUAACACUGAUUGUUUCAUGGAUCUGUUUUAUGGCUGUUGGUACAUUUGCAUCUGUUUGGAUGUCAGUUUGGUGGGUACGCACAUUCACGAAAACGGAAAAAGUGAGUAUAAACGGUUGCUUGAGGGAUUGUUACUUAGAUUCAAGUCAUGAAAAUCUUGGUGCACUCACUGAUGAGGUAAAGGCACGUCGAAGACGACUGAAUAUAUCCGAUUCGGAUUUGAGCUGA